GAGUGGCUGUCCCAGGGACACGCGACAGGGAGCCGGAGCCGACCGUGGUGGCGGGCCGAGCAGGACCGAGACUUUCCGCACCCGAGAACCCGCUCCAGGAAACGUCCGUGCACCAGCUCGCCCCAGAAGCGGAGGCGCCAGGAUGCCUUUGGCCCCAGCGGCCGUCCCAGCCCCAGCCCGAGGGGCCUGUUCUCCACUCCCCAGCAGGGAUUUGGCUUGGAUCCCCAAGGAAGCCUGAGCCAGGGUCUUUGUUUUCCCUGAAAAUGAACGUUCCCAGGGCGCCCUCUGCUGGACUUUGGAGCUAAGUGUGAAUCUCAAGUGAUGGCCAUGGUGCUCAGCUCGCUGCCCGGCCCCUCCCCCUGGAACGGCACCCUCCACCUGCACUACAACUACGUGGGCAAGCUGGAGGGCCGGCUGAAGGACGCUCCCGAGGGCAGCACCCUCACCACCGUGCUGUUCCUGAUCAUCUGCAGCCUCAUCGUCCUGGAGAACCUGAUGGUUUUAAUCGCCAUCUGGAAAAACCAUAAGUUUCACAACCGUAUGUACUUCUUCAUCGGCAACCUGGCUCUGUGCGACCUGCUGGCCGGCAUCGUCUACAAGGUCAACAUCCUGAUGUCUGGCAAGAGGACGCUGAGCCUUUCUCCCACUGUCUGGUUUCUCCGAGAAGGCAGCAUGUUUGUGGCCCUGGGGGCAUCCACCUGCAGCUUACUGGCCAUCGCAAUUGAGCGACACUUGACCAUGAUCAAAAUGAGACCUUAUGAUGCCAACAAGAAGUACCGGGUCUUUCUCCUCAUCGGGAUGUGCUGGCUCAUUGCCUUCUCUCUGGGCGCCUUGCCCAUCUUGGGCUGGAACUGCCUGCACAACCUCCCGGACUGCUCCACCAUCCUGCCCCUCUACUCCAAGAAGUACAUCGCCUUCUGCAUCAGCAUAUUCAUGGCCAUCCUGGUGACCAUCGUCAUCCUCUAUGUGCGCAUCUACUUCCUGGUCAAGUCCAGCAGCCGCAGGGUGGCCAGCCCCCAGAACCUGGAGCGCUCCAUGGCGCUGCUGCGCACCGUGGUGAUCGUGGUGAGUGUGUUCAUCGCCUGCUGGUCACCGCUCUUCAUCCUCUUCCUGGUGGACGUGGCCUGCAGGGUGAAGGAGUGUCCUGUGCUGUUCAAGGCGCAGUGGUUUAUUGUGCUGGCAGUGCUCAACUCCGCCAUGAACCCCAUCAUCUAUACCCUGGCCAGCAAGGAGAUGCGCCGAGCUUUCUUCCGCCUGGUGUGCAACUGUCUGGUCCGGGGCAAGGGGGUGUGCUCGCUCCCGACCCAGCCUGCUCUGGAUCCAAACAGAAGUAAAUCCAGCGGCAGCAACAACAGCAGCCCCGCCUCCAAGAGCAAGGAAGACCUCCCCCAGACAGCUGCUCUGCCCUGCAUCACUGACAGGAACAAAGCCCUGCAGAACGGGAUUCUCUGCCAGUGAGAGCACCGGCCCUAAGAAACCCGGAGCUCCCAUUCCACGUGCUCAGAUCAGCACCCAGCUCUGCAAGCUCCAUUGUUAUUUAUUGCCUGCCUCACCCUGUGGGUGCUCCCACCGCUAGAACCCACAAAAUCGAUUGGACCAACUGCAAGUGUGAUCUUCUCUCAAAGGAGAUCUUAGGACUCAAGAGCCUGACUGAGUGUAGGUAAUGUGCCUCGGUGGCUCCAGAGUCUUGAGUGUCCUGAGUUCCUGAUGUUGUCACCAACUUCCCGCCCUGAAGUUGGCUCCCGUGUUCCUAAAGAGGGAAGGAUGUGGAUUGCAGGACACACCAUGCGUUUCUCAGAACAGAAGGGUGAUGUUUUGGUAAUUUCGCACAGACCGCACCAAGAAUGCGUGCUUGUGUAUUUGUCAUUUCUAUUACAGAGUCCGUGAGUCUUAAGAGUCUGCCAUCGGUACGUGUAAUGGGGCUCGCACUGCUCCACAGCGGGCGAUUCCAGUACCUCUGACUGAACCUCCAGGGACAUGAAAUGACUCUGAAAUAGCUGGACAUGGUGGUCCAGUUGCUUCCAAAUUCCCAGUGAAGCAAGUAUGGAAGGCCACAAGACCAAAUAGGGCAUCCCCACUUCUUAUCUGACCUGAUCCAGUACAAGCACAUCCAGAAAUUGAAUUAUGUGGUUGUUUGCAUGUCAGGGGUAUUCUCCACAUCGUAGAGAAGUCAGCCUCGUUAUGCCACGAGCCUGUGACCUAGACCAACCGAGGAAAGAACCUGCUCAGGAGAAGCAGGAAGCCAACCACAGCUGGGUUACCUGCUCAGGUCACGGGAGCAGUGCUCUGUAAUGUAAUAGGAGGUUUUCUUUGGGUUCAGAGAGGUGUACAAGCCCACCUUUCAGUUAUCUAUUAAAUCUGACUCUUCUCGGAAAAAUGAGCAAGUAAAUAAGCACCCUGUUAUCACAGCUGCAGAUCUGGGACCGUCAGCAGAUCCUCAGACUUCCUGAAAGCCACCUGGAAGCAACUGCCAGCACAGCUGAUUGUCAGUAAGGAAAGGUACUCUGGGGAUUGUCGUGUCAGAGAGAUGUAGUGAUGCUCAAGUGAUACUGUACUUUCUUGCUUUCAACAGGGGUUCAACCUGCUUCCUUUGUUUAUCUUGUAAAGGGUUCCUGAGACAGUAUCCCUGCCUCAGCACAGUAAGACCCAUGAAACACAUGCUGACCAAGCUCACAUAGCUACCCCAGUGACGUGUUAAGUUCUUUGUCAACAUAGAACAAACAGCCUUCAAAAAGAAUCUUAGGGAAACUUCCUCCCACCCUGAAGAUUCUUAGGUUCAGGGACAAAUUGCCUGAGUACAAACUAAAUGAGUAAUCUUAUAUGCUAAUUUUUUUCCAGGAGAAAUGGUCUUGUUUGCUAUCAGAUGCGAGUUCCUUUCAUUGAGGAACAUUUCCAUGGGAAUUUGUCAUCUCCACCCAUUGACCAAUGGUGUUCCUUAUUUUUAUAUGUAAUGACAAAUAAAUAUUAUAUGUAUAGAGAAACUUGUCAGUGACAUUUUGUUGCCUGUUUAUAUCACCAAAAAAGUAUCUCAUUCUCUUGCCACAUAGCAUGAGAAAUCCCAAGACACUUCUUCAAAAUCUAAGCAUUAAGGUACUGGGUGGAGAAAACAAAUUUUUAAAAAUAUUAUCAGGGUCAGAGUGGUAAUACAGUGGGUAGGGCGUUUGUCUUACAUGCAGUCAACCACAGUUUGAUUCCUGGCAUCCCAUAUGGCCCCUCAUGAACUAAUUAGGACUUAGGACUAAUUCAUAAAUGCAGAGCCAGGAGUAACCUCUGAGUAUCACCAGGUAUGACCUAAAAAGUCCAAGAAAUUUAAAAGUUCAUCAGCAGAACAAAAGGUUGGGUGUUGCCUUUUUGAUUAGGUCAGAAAAUGAGUUUUGACAACUUAUGUUUGUUCCGAUUGGUAUUGGGGGCACUGAAUCUCUGUUCUAUUAAUCACAUUUUAUACCAUAAUCCAGAUUCUCUAAGAUUAUAAACAGAUUCCCAAAAUAUGAAUUAAAAAUACUCUUUAGGUAAAGUAUAUUUGACAUAUGCAAGAAAAAAUUCGUCAGUAUCAAUGGAAACCUUUCUCACUAGCUUUCAAGAGAACAUUUAGAGUUGAGUGUUUGGAAGCCAUAGAGAAGCUGCAUUUGAUCUCAUUCAGUUAGUAAAUUAACUUUUAUUAUGUCCAAUGUAUGUUGGUUAAAAAAUAAAAUAAAGCCUGGUGCCCUUCUAUAAACUGUUUUGUGGUUGUUGUGGGAGCUUGUUACUGGGUCACCUUUGGCGGAGUAUGGAGUGGCAGCCUAGAUUUUCCCCCGGAACCAGAGUUUCUCUAGGAAUUAAAUCAUUUUGAGAAUGACCCACAAUCUCUCUCCAUGCUCCCCAUUAACAGGAAAGUGUUCUAGUGAAACCCUGGUGUGCCGGUGCUAUUCCACCUCUAUGUGGGCAAAGGUCAAUUGAUUGCCCUUUGAUAGGGAGAGAAUCACAAGUGUGGUGACAAUCAGAGUGUGGCUCGGACAGAUGGACAGGUUCUGCUCCAUUUGCCACAGGAUAAAAUGUAAGAACCUGUCCUUUCACCUUAUUCAAGUUUUUGAGCCUCUGUUCCAUGUCCACAAAGAUAGGUGUUUGGUCUGAUAUUCUGGAAGGGACAUGCAUGAAGAAAUGUCCCAACGAUAUCCAAGACCUCAGCCUUUGGUUGUGCCCAAAGUCAAUUCCAGUGCUAAGUUGUGACUUCUGCCAAGUCUGUAUUUG